AACUCUACUCAGUACUCACAGACCACUUCGUAAACUAGUAUCAGUGACCGCGUACUACGGUGUAAUACAUCAUUCAAUAAUUUUAUUGUAAUAGUAAUAAAAAAUGUAUUUGUUUUGAUAAGAAAAAUAUAAUACUUACGUUCAUUGUUCUACUUCCCAAUAGAUUUUGUUGAUCCGGAGGAUUAGUUUAAAAUCUUAAGAUGGAAGAAAUCAAUCUCGAUCAUGUCCAAGAAACUAGUGAUGAUGUCAAUUUAGCAGUUAAAAUAACUGAUGCGUACAAAGCAUACAACUCUGCGGCUGUCGUAUUAAAUGGAUUUAACAUGAAUGUGCAAAAGGGAACAAUAUAUGGCUUAUUGGGACCAAGCGGAUGUGGCAAAACAACGUUACUUUCUUGUAUUAUUGGCCGAGGUAGAUUGGACUCUGGACACAUUCAACUUUCUGUGAAAAAGAAAAAAGAAAUAGGUUACAUGCCGCAGGACUUAGCACUUUACGAUGAAUUUAACAUACUAGAAACUUUCCAUUAUUUUGGUUCUUUGUACGAAAUGUCUUAUAAAGAUAUUAUUGAUAAAGGUGAAAAGUUAAUCAGUUUAAUGGAAAUGCCACCGUCUAAGACCCAAUUUGGUUCAAUGAGCGGUGGACAACAAAGAAGGUUCUCCCUAUGUACUGCUCUUUUGCAUGAUCCUAGUUUGUUGAUAUUGGAUGAACCUACAGUUGGACUCGAUCCAAUAAUUAGUGCUAGCAUCUGGGAGUAUUUACAAGAUUUAACAAAUCGUGGAAAAACAAUAAUUAUUACAACUCAUUACAUUGAAGAAGCACGACUUGCAAAUACAAUAGGUUUAAUGAGAAAAGGCGUUUUACUAUCUGAAGCGCCUCCACUAGAAAUUAUGGCGUCUUGUAAUGCUGACACCCUUGAAAAUGCCUUUUUAAUACUCAGUCAAAAGCAAACUUCAGUUAAUGAAGAUACAAUAGAACAACCAAGAAGAAAAUCCAUAUUACAGCCAGCUACGACGUCACUGAAAAAAUCAUCACUCUUCUCGCCAAUACGGUUCAAAGCUCAAUUAUUGAAACAUUGGUAUUGGAGCGUCAGAAAUUGGACAAUUAUUCUAUUUGUUUGUCUCCUGCCACUUCUCACUAUAAUGAUUUAUAAUUUAACCAUUGGACAAGCCCCAAAACCUCUCAACGUAGGAAUCGUCAACUAUGAGAAUCCUUCACAUUGCGUUUAUAACUCGUUUGAUAUAUGUGAUGGAAAAAUCCCACUAAGUUGCAAAUUUAUGAAGGAGAUGGAAAAACAUGAUUUAACUUUGACAAAAUACAAUGAAGAAAACUUAGCAAGACAAGACGCAAAACAUGGUGUUACUUGGGGCUUUGUAACAUUUGAAAAAAAUUUUACUGAUAUGAUCGGGUUGAAAUUUGAUAAUCCAUCAAUAAUGAGCUCACAUGAGAUAGAAGACUCCGCAAUAAAAGCAUCAUUAGAUAUGUCAAACUAUGUAGUAAAAACAAUAAUCCAAGGAAAAUUACAUCAAAGUUAUAAAAGUCUUACUAAAGCUUUUGUAAACUGUAAUAAAACUACAGUAACUACGACGUUAGAUCCAGUACCAAUAACGUUGAUGACGCCUGUAUUUGGAGUAUUAUAUGACAUUAACAUGUCACAUUACGGAGCUGCAGCAAUAAUAUCCAUAUUGGAAUUAUACAUGACAUUUCUGUUCACGGCGUUAUCAAUCAGCAUGGAAAAAAAUAGCGGUUUAAUUGAAAGGAGUCUUUCUUCAGGACUCACCAUUCUCGAAGUUAUUAUUUCGCAAUUGGUAGUACAAGUUACAAUAUUAAUCGUUCAAACUACCACAGUAUUCAUACUACAGUUCAUUGUGUUCGAUCAUCCGUUCUUAAGUCCAUGGAUUACACCUUUUGUAAUUGUAUUCUUACAAGGAAUAUGCGGGACAUUUAUGGGUUUUGCGGCGAGUAUUACUUUUGAUGAAGAGAAAAUCACUACAUUCUUUGGAGUAUGUUUAGUUAUGUCACAAGUAUUCUUAAGUGGUAUCAUGUGGCCGUUAGAAGCCAUGGAUCCAAUAUUAAAAAAGAUUAGUCUUUUUUUCCCGUUAACUUUAUCAGUUGACUCAUUUAGAUCAAUAACUGCAAGAAAUUGGGAAUUAUCUCAUCCAAUAGUUAUGCAAGGGUUUAUAUCAAUAUUGGCUUGGAUAUUUGUUUCAAUUUUUGUUUCAAUAUUAAGUCUCAAGUUAAAACAAGGUAUUAAAGCGAAAAAAUAAAGAACGCCUGUUGUAAUUUGUUUGAUAUUAAUCGUUAUGUUGUAACUUUGUGUUUAAGUAAAUUGUGUAAUAUGUAAAUAUAAUUAUAAGAUAUAUAAUUAGAAAUAA